AUCCGAAAGUGUCAGUGGGCUUCCUGUUCUUGUCUUGGGUAUCUCUUUUUCUAAUUAAUUGCUCUCGGACAUGGUCCGAUUACUUUAAUUUCCCCACUUCAACAAUGCUCUAUAAAUCCAAGAGGGGCAUUCCCAUGCGCCCCAGAGCUGUUGAUCUUUAGAUCGAUACAUUUUGGCCAACUGCUCCUUUCAUCAGCAGCCAUGACAAACGGAAUCGACAAUCUACCUGAAAAAUAUGACGAUCUCCCCAACAAGAGACAAUACUGGCCGGCAGCCGCUGGAUCCCCGGAAGAGGGUCUAGGCAUGCUUCGCAUCCUGACGCCGGAGAUCGUAGCGGACGCCGCACGCACACAGAUUCAAACCGGGCUGAGAGUCUGUUUAAAUUGGGAUCUGAAACAGUUGGACACACCAGGAUUCCGCCGAAAGCCUUUCGAACAUCGCAUCAAAUGGGUGGCUCCCGGCAUCGCGUUCGACGAUGAGUAUCAUUUCAACCCACAACAAUCUUCUCAGUGGGAUGGCCUCCGACACCAUAGUGCACCUGCCCCGACGCGCGAGGAUCAAGCUCGCCGCGUAUUCUACGGUGGUACUACAGCGGAAGAAAUCCAGGACUCGAGCUCAUCGCGGAUCGGGAUUGGAUACUGGGCGAAGAAGGGAAUCGCCGGUCGGGGUGUCUUGAUUGACUACUUAUCCUGGGCCGAGAAGAAGGGCAUUACUGUAAAUGGACUCAGCCAGCAUGUGGUCCCUCUCGACGACGUGCUGGCCAUCGCACGCGACUGCAACAUCGAGUUCCAACGCGGAGACAUCUUCUUUCUCCGCGUGGGCCUCACCAAGACCUGGUACUCCAUGAGCGACGCCCAGAAGCAGGAAUACAGCCAACAAACGGUGCCCAAGCAUGCGGGACUCGAGCAGAGUGAGAACGUGCUCCGAUUUAUGUGGGAUAACCACUUUGCAGCGGUGGCAUCCGAUGCGGUUAGUUUCGAGGUCUUCCCGGCCCUCAACCCCGAGUUUGAUCUGCACCAUCAUAUGCUUGCCGGCUGGGGAGUGCCGAUCGGCGAGAUGUUCGACCUGGAGGAGUUGGCGGAGACGUGCAAGCAACUGGGGCGCUGGACCUUCUUUAUUUCUAGCAGUCCGCUGAAUUGUGCCCAGGGCGUUUCAAGUCCGCCGAAUUGUAUGGCCAUCUUUUAGUUUCCGCAUGCGCAAGUUAUGCCGAUUUAUGAAUCCCAUUCUUGCAACAUCCCUAGCCCCGCCAUGAUGACGCUCCCUAUUUGCUCGCCUGGAAUCUAGAGAAGAAUGUUGGAAUCAAACCUUGGCUAUUGCUGGUUUAUA